AUGGAGUUCAAACAAGACGACGAGGAUUUCAUCAAAGAAUUACUGGGACAUGCAGGAUUAGGCGACCUGAAUGGGAAUAUGGGGGUCUCUAUAACUGGAAGUGAGGACGUUGGAGGACAAUACGGUCACCAGAUGAGCAUGGAAAAUCCGUUUGAGGACGAAACCCAAAUGCAGGAUACGUUGGGGGAAAGAAAUUCGAUAUCUCACCUGAGUAACGUUGUGCGGCGUAGUAGCGAACCGGGACAGUCUAUUGACGAGAAUUUGACCAGCCAGGAGAGAUCAGCACAGCAAUUUGCACAAACACAACCAGAUUUUCUGAUGGAAAACCUUCUGUUCCAGCACGAGCCUUACCAACGGGACACGUUGAAUGAUGACCAAUUGUCGAGUUUCACGGACGGCAUCUCUUCCUCGUUUGGAUCAAGCGUGGCGACCACAGAUUUCAUGUCUCCGCGUUCUUCCUCAUUUCAGCCGCGUGAAUCCGUAGACCUGGCGUCUUACUCCCAGUUUUUGUCGUCCAGUCUUCGGUCUCCUCCCAAUAAUCUGCGACAGGGUACAUUUACGUCAUCUUCAAUACGAAACCAGCAUUUUUCACAAUCAGCGGUCGGGAGUCCAGCUGUGCAACUGCCUCUCUCGGUGGAUUCCGCCGGUUUCGCCGCACAACCACUUUCGCAAGACGAGAGAAUUCGUCGUCGCCGCGAGUUUCACAAAGCCGUCGAGAGAAGACGACGAGAGCUCAUCAAACAAAAGGUCAAAGAACUAAGCCAGAUUGUGCCGCCAAGCCUCCUGAACUACGAUGAUAAGGGCAAAGAGGUCAAGCCAAACAAAGGUGUCAUUUUGGCCCGCUCCACAGACUACCUGCAGUAUUUACAACAAGUGCUGGAGGUACAGAAUCGCAAACGACAAAUUCUUUUACACAAGAUACGAAGCCUGGAGACACUUGCACAGCGUCAACAGACGCCCUCAUUAUCAACAGGAGGCAGCAGCAACACGGCUGCUGCAGUGCAUAUCGCUGCUGGGAGUAGCGUUUCUCCGGAGCAGAUUAUCGAUGCCAGAGUCACCUCCUACAUGGGGGACAACUCAUCAUCCACGCCAUCGACCACAAUCCAGGACGAUCUGCAGCAGUUCUUGUCUGGAGACUUGAUCGAAGCAGAAGACAACGCGAAGUUAAUGUUUGGAGGGGAAGGUGAAGGAACGGCAGCGGAUUUUCUACUGAAUUUUGGCAAAUAA